UCGGCCUGGUUCGUUGACAUACGAAACUGCCUCUAGGGUUUUAGCCCUCGCACGUCGCCGGCGGCGGAGAUCAAGUUUCCCGCGCCGAUGCCACGCAAGCACGCGCCGGCGUUCACGCCGGAGGCGGCCUCCGCUUCCGCAUCCGGCGGGGCGGGCGAGCGGCAUAACCUCCCGGUGCUGCAGGCGAAGAUGAAGCGCGACCCAGAGGGCUACGAGGAGGAGCUCCGCCAGCUCCACCGCCACUUCGAGUCCUCGGUGUUCCUCUUCCGGCAGCAGGCGGCGCUGGCCACCACCUCCUCCUCGGGCGGCGGAGGGGAGGUGGCGAAGGAGCUCGGCGACCUCGCGCUGUUCCUCGCCCAUGUCGCGCCGUUCUACCCGGAUGACCUCGCCGAUUUGCCGGACCAGAUUGGGGGUUUGCUCGACACCAACGCGCGCGGUUUGCCUCCGGGGCUUCGGGCGCACCUUGUGCAGGCGCUAAUACUGCUGGUGAAUCGGAAGAUUGUUGAUCUUGAGGACACAGUAGAGUUAUUUGUGGAGCUUCAAGUUAUUGGAGACCGAGCUGUCAAAAAGCUAGCAUUUUCGCAUAUUGUACACAGUAUUAGGAGGAUGAAUCAAAAGAGCAAGAAUGAAUCCAGGAAUCGUAAACUGCAAAACAUCCUUUUCAAAUUCUUACAGGCAGAAGAAGAGUUGCGAGCUAAGAGGGCAUUUACUAUUCUGUGUGAUCUUCACCGUCGGAGGGUCUGGUUUGAUGAACGCACAACAAAUGCAAUAUGCAAUGCCUGUUUCCAUCCUUCUUCUAGGAUUAUGAUAGCUGCUAUUUCAUUCCUUCUUGGAUAUGAAAAUGCUGAACAAGAGGAUGACAGUGAUGCAUCAAGCAGCGAAGAUGAAGCAAAUCAAAACCCACAAGUUAUACUUAGUAAAGAGGAUGUUUACAAGGCAAACCACAAGGGCACUGCUGCUAGUAAGAAAAAGAAGAAAGCUAAAUUGCAACGUGUUAUCCGUAGCAUGAAAAGGCAACAGCGAAAAUCUACUGCAGAGACUGGUUCCAGUUACUAUUCACCCCUGACAUAUUUAAAGGAUCCCCAGGGUUUUGCUGAGAAGCUUUUCUCUCGGCUGCAGAAAUGCAAUGAGCGAUUCGAGGUAAGGAUGAUGAUGUUAAAAGUUAUUGCGAGGACUAUUGGGCUGCAUCACUUGGUUUUGCUGAAUUUCUACCCAUAUCUUCAAAGAUAUGUUCAACCUCAUCAAAGAGACGUGACAACUUUACUUGCUGCAGCAGUUCAAGCCUGCCAUGAUAUGGUACCUCCGGAUGCUGUUGAACCACUGUUCAAGCAGAUAGUAAAUCAAUUUGUGCAUGAUCGAUCUCGCCCAGAGGCUAUUGCUGUUGGCUUGAAUGUUGUGAGAGAGAUCUGCAUGAGAAUGCCUUUGAUGAUGAACGAGGAUCUGCUCCAAGACCUCGUUUUGUACAAAAAGUCCCAUGAGAAAGCUGUUUCCAUUGCUGCUCGUUCACUGGUCACUUUGUUCAGAGAGAUCUGCCCAUCAUUGCUAGUCAAGAAGGACCGUGGCCGUCCUGUUGAUCCAAAGGCUCAGCCAAAAGCAUUUGGAGAAGUCACUGUUGCUAGCGACGUGCCUGGUGCUGAGUUGUUAGAUGAAAAUAUUUCAUCGGAAGGGGAAGGCUCAGACGACGAGUCUGAUGAUUUUGAUUAUGAUAAUGAGGUAGACUUGCCAUCUGCACUUGGAACAGAAGAAAAUAUUGAUGGUUCAUCUGAUACAAAGAAACUUGAUGCCAAUGAAGAUACCAAAGAGGAAGAUGAAGUAUCCGGGGAAGAUGAUACAGAUGAGGGUCAAGAUAAAUCUGACCACAAUAGCGAUGAAAAUGAUGAGGAACUAGAAGAUGACUCUGAUAUGGAUGGUGAUACUGAUAUAUCUGAUGAGGAUAAAGAUGAUGAUGAUGAACUGAAUGAAAGCAUACUUGAUUCAGAGGAUGAAGGUUCAGAUCAGGAUGAAGACAGUGAUGAGGAAGAUAAGUCAAAAGGCAGCAGCUCUAAGGUGCAGAAGAGGAAGUUAAGUGAUUAUAUUGGACAACUAAAUGCUGCUGAUGCAAGCCUUAGAGCUCUGAAGAGAUUUGCAGGAGCCAAGAAGGUUGAAGUUUCAUUGGGUGAAGCUGGUAAAAUUUUAUCGGAUGAAGAUUUUAAGCGUAUCAAAGAGCUCAAGGCAAAGAAAGAGGCAAAGCUGGCUUUGGCUCAACAUGGUCUAAGCAAGGGUUGUGACACAAAAUCAGCAACCUUUAAGAUUCCAUCUUCUGACCAGCUUAGUUUGAAGCGGGUUGAUCCAGCUCAGCUUGAGGCUCACAUCAGAAGAAAGCUUUCGAAAGCAGAAAGAUUAGAGUUAGUGAAAGCUGGAAGAGAGGAUAGAGGAAAGUACAUUGCGGCGACGGCUGCGAAACAGAAAAAGACCGGUGGCCUGAGCAAUAAGCAGAAACAGCACAAGAAGAGGAUGCCUCUGGCUGCAACUAGAGCAAAGGCAGCACGUUCUCGGCAGGAGAAGAAGGAAAAGCGCAAACGCUCCGGGAAUCAGUUCAGGGGCCGGAAGGCGUGGAAAUGAGACUCAAUACUUGAUUAUCCGCAGUCCCUGUAGCCCAAUGGCAAUUUUUUUUAUUCUUGUAAUUGUUACUGUUGUCAGAUAAUGUUUCCAUAGAAUAUUUGUUUUGCACCGAGCCCAAGAUUUUAUGAAAGGUCGGGAUCUUUUGUUUUCA